AUGCUAUCCGCCCUGAUCGCAGCCCUCCUUCUGGCGGGCUUGUAUUUCGUCUUAACCCUAACUUCCCGCCGGAAGCACCCGCCGCUGCCCCCGGGGCCUCCCCGGAAACCCAUCAUUGGCAAUUUGAACGACCUCCCUCGUCCCGGCCAGCAGGACUGGAAACAUUGGUUCCAGCAUAAAGCGCGUUAUGGCCCCAUCAGCUCCCUCAGCGUCCUCGGCCAAACCAUCAUCAUCCUGAACGAGGCUCGCUUCGCCGUGGAUCUGCUGGAGAAGCGCUCCGGGAUCAACUCGUCUCGUCCGCAGCAGAACUUUGCCCAGAUGUCGGGAUGGGACAACGUCCUCGGCUCCGUGCAAAAUAACGAGCGACUGCGCGAGAGCCGCAGGAACCUCCAUCGAGAGAUCGGGUCCAACAAGAUGGUGGCUCGGUUCAACGAGGUGCAGACCGCGGAGGUGGGCCGGUUCCUGUUGCGUGUGCUGGAGUCACCGGGGGAGUUGGUCAAGCAUAUUCGGAAGUUAGGCUAUGCAAUAAAUUUCCGGAUGCCAGAUGCUAAUGCAGACAGAGAAACCGGGGCGAUCAUCCUCAAGAUCGGAUACGGGUAUACCGUGGCGCCGCACACGCACGACCCGCUGGUCGAUCUGGCGGAUCGCGCGAUGGAGGACUUCUCGGUCGCCAUGUUGCCGGCGACGUAUCUGGUGGAUUAUAUCCCGUUGCUGAUGUACCUUCCCCCCUGGUUCCCAGGUGCAGGCUUCAUCCGCACCGCGCGUCAGUACAAGAAAACCGUCACGGCCUUUAGCGACCUGCCCUACGCCUUCGUGCAGAACCAGAUGCGGACCGGCCGGUCCCAGUCCUCCUUCUUGUCGAACCUGCUGGCCAAGCAAACCACAACGCUCAUCCGCGGCUCGGAGGCUGAAACUACGGUUAAAUGGUCCGCCGCCUCGCUGUACGCUGGGGGGGCAGAUACGACGGUAUCCUCCAUCGUCGCCUUCUUCCUCGCCAUGGCACUAUUCCCGGACGUCCAACGCAAAGCCCAGGCCGAGCUAGACGCAGUCGUGGGGCCGGCCCGUCUGCCUACCCUGGACGACCGCGACCACCUCCCGUAUGUCAAUGCGCUGGUCAAGGAGGUGUUCCGGUGGCAUCCGGUCGUGCCGAUGAAUCUCUCGCAUGUCUCGGUCCAGGAGCAGGAGUAUGAGGGGUAUUGGAUUCCGAGGGGGGCAUCGAUUCUGGCGAAUAUCUGGGCCUUCACCCACGACCCAACCAUCUACCCCGAGCCAGAAGUGGUCCGUCCCGAACGCUUCCUAGGCCCCCAACCCCAGCGUGACCCGCAUUUCCUCGUCUUCGGCUUCGGACGCCGCGUCUGUCCCGGCCGGACCCUGGCAGAUGCGAACGUAUUCCUCACCGUUGCGCAGGCCCUAACCGUCUUUAACAUCCUACCCCCGGCACCAGAGGACAAACGACAGUGGAAGCCCGCAUUUCUCCCCGGGGUCAUCAGUCAUCCUGUGCCGGGGAAGUUGAGGAUCGAGGCGAGAAGUCCCCAGCAUGAGGGGUUGAUUCGGGCGGUCGAGCGGGUGUUUCCGUGGGAGGGGAGUCAUGCAAGGGAGUUGGAGGGAUUGGAGGAUUAGUUUCAGGUUGUGGUAUAUGAAUUGGGUGAGGGUGUGUUGUUU